UUCUUUUUCUCACUAAGUGGCGGCUCUCUAAAGCUUUUGCCUCAGUCCCUCUCUCUAAAUUCUAUUCCUUUCUUUGACAAAAACCCUAAUUUGGAAACAUAUUUGAUAGAUUUCCAUUUUUAUUCUUUGUUCUUGUAUAUUUAAAGUAUCAAUAUAAUGGAAGCUUCAGCUGGGAUAAAAUCCAAAUGCUCGGAGUUCACUCUGGCAGCAGUUUCCGAACUGUCUUCUUCACCUGCUUCGUCAUCGUCCACGCCAGUGACUGCUUGGUUCAGUUCUGAUCGUGGAGUCGCAGAGCUCCGAUUUUGUCAAGAUUCAAAAUUUAUCGAUGGCUUCAGUUUCGACCUUGGAACCUCUCAGCUCUUCAAGUUGGGACCUGUUCAAUCGCUUUGCAUUUCCGAAAAUUCUGAUUGUAUCAAAGAGAAUUUGUAUUCGAGGGGAGUCACGAUUGAGUUUAGAAACGAGGAGGAGAGCAGGGACUUCCAUUCUGCAUUUGAGCAAUGGCAGAAUGAAGAUGUCACUCAAGGAAAAAGUUUACCAAAUGGAACCAUUUCUGCUGUUAGGAGCAAGUUUGACAAUAAAAUCGAAUCAUCUUCUGCUAAAAUGUAUUUCCAUUAUUAUGGACAGUUGCUGCACCAACAAAAUAUGUUACAAGAUUAUGUGAGGACAGGAACCUAUUAUGCUGCUGUAAUUGAGAACCGUGUAGAUUUUACGGGUAGGGUGGUGGUUGAUGUUGGUGCUGGUAGUGGUAUUUUGUCAUUGUUCGCUGCACAGGCUGGUGCAAAGCAUGUUUAUGCUGUUGAAGCUUCUGAAAUGGCAGAAUACGCUCGCAAACUUAUUGCCGGGAAUCCCACAUUAGGGCAGCGGAUUACUGUAAUCAAAGGUAAAGUUGAGGAAGUUGAGUUGCCCGAGAAAGCAGAUAUUCUGAUCUCUGAACCAAUGGGCACCUUAUUAGUUAAUGAGAGAAUGUUGGAAUCCUACAUAAUUGCAAGAGAUCGGUUUCUUGUGCCCGAUGGGAAAAUGUUUCCUUCAAUAGGAAGGAUACAUAUGGCACCUUUCAGUGAUGAAUAUUUAUUUGUUGAAAUUGCAAAUAAGGCUCUUUUCUGGCAGCAACAAAACUACUAUGGUGUUGAUCUCACUCCGUUAUAUGGGUCCGCAUUCCAGGGAUACUUCUCUCAGCCUGUGGUGGAUGCUUUUGAUCCAAGAUUAUUGGUGUCUCCUCCAAUGUCCCAUGUAAUUGACUUCAAUGAAGUAAAGGAAGAGGACUUGUAUGAAAUAGAUAUCCCAUUGAAAUUCAUAGCAUCUGUCGGGACUAGAGUGCAUGGGUUGGCCUGUUGGUUUGAUGUCCUGUUUAAUGGGAGCUCUGUGCAAAGAUGGCUUACCACUGCCCCCGGUGCUCCUACAACCCACUGGUAUCAGAUACGAUGUGUUCUUUCUCAGCCAAUUUACGUAAUGGCCGGGCAAGAAAUUACAGGCCGACUUCACAUGAUUGCUCAUAAUGCUCAAAGUUAUACCAUAUAUCUAACAAUGUCAGCUAAAAUGUGGGGGCCUGGGGCCGAACAAGGAGGAAUUCUUCAGACCUCAUCAUGCAAACUCGAUCUCAAGGAGCCUUACUACAGAAUGUCACAGCCCCAACCCUACACAACGGCACAAGACCAGCAACCGCAUCAGCUACUACAAGCUCAGGAUAUACCGAUCCACACCGAGGACUUGGAUGAACCUGAGUUGCUGCAGCAGCCAUUAGAAAAUUCAGGAGCUCAGCUCCAAUAAGUGAUGAAAAAAAGAGUUGAACUUAAGCCAACAAGAUUCUAAUAGGCAUGUGGCUUUUGAUCCCUGUAAAGUAGAAUCUGACAUGAUUCAUUAUUAUUAUUGAUGUUUGAGUGAUUGCUUGGGAUCUACGGCUUUUAUCAUGAUUUAACCAGUUUUAAAAAUCAAAUUAUGUUCAUUUUGGAGGU